GAACUAAUAAAUGCGCAAAACACAGCCCAAACAGGUGUGGCGCAGAUCGAAUUGGUCCGUCAUCGAAACACAAACGUGCACGACAGAACGAUCAAACACCCCUCAUCUUCAGAAGACGAUUAUGGCAACCAUCAAAAACUAAGCAAGCAGGGAUUAGGAGGGUACAAGGAAACGACGAUGUCGUUUGGUUCAUCUCUGUUGCCUCCUCAGUCUGCUUCAUUCUUAUCCAAGGCCAAAUCUUUCACCACCCAAAACAGAACUUGUUUAACUUCUCGCUUCAAGGCUUCUGCUGACGUUCCCGAUUUUCUUUCUGCUAAUUGGCUUGAAUCUCGCAAGAAAAGACCUUUUGGCCCGAGAUUAGAUUUUAAUGCAGAAGAAGCUGUACAUUAUCAGCUUGAAGCAUUGAAAUACAACGACCAACCCCGUCAAGAUUAUGGAAUUGAGGUUAUGUACAGGUUCGCUGGGUUUGAUCCUUUUGAAAGAUCAACCUAUUUUGGACCAUUUUUCGAUUUGGGCCAGUUUGAAAGGUUUAGGCGUAUUUUUCACCACUCAACCUAUCGAGUGCUACUAGGUCACAAGGAAAGAAAGAUCUUGAGCAGUUUGUUUGUGGAGGAGAACCAAUAUAAGCAACGGCUUUGGAUCAGGGGGAAUAGACCAGAGGAAGAGGAGAUAUUUCAAUUUACCAUGGUGCAGAGAGUUGGUGGUUGCUGGGAUGGUUAUUGGUUGACGGAGUCUCUACUUAAUGAUAAUGAUACUUUUGCUGGAGGGUUGGCGUAUUGAAAAUCUUGCAAGGAUCAAAUUUUCAUGUAGCCUGCUGUCCAAGGAAAGACCAAAUCAGCUAUGAGUCUAUUAGUAUUCUCUGUAAAAUUUGUACAUAUGUAAUAUAUUUAGCUAGUAAUGGGGGUUAUAGCUGGUCCUCGAGACACAAACAUGUAUCUAUGGAUUCUACGGGCAUGUAUUUAGUUACGCCCAACCCAUUUAUAUUUUACAUGUACCUAAGCUGAGCAAAAAGUUGUUUUGGUUUCAUGCAAGAUCCAUGUUUUCUUA